AUGGCCAUGGCAGAAACCUCAAAUCCUCCUCACGACCGACACAGUCGUCGAAGACCAUUCUCGACAUGGAUGAAACGAUUGACCAAUCUCAAAAGCUCAUCAUCGUCAGACUCACAGUCCGGCAGCAGAGCAUCUGGAAAACGUAACAAUAAUGUCAAGAAUGACAAACGACCGAAUGGCGGCGCACAGAACAAUCCAUACCCCUUGUCAGGCACCAUUCGCGAUAUUGGGUCGCUCCGGAGUUAUAACGAUACUGUGUCUUAUACUGAAUCGACUGAUCCAGGUCAGCAUCAUCAAAGGGCGAGCCAGCAAUCGCUACAAGCUUCUACGUCCGAAGCGAAUAUCCCAGGUAACAGCGCCAAGUCGACUGCCCCGACGCUAUCUACGAAUGGUGACACUGCGCGAUCUGAAGCUGGGUACUCGAAAGCCGGGACUACGGUGACAGGGAAUGGAGGAGUGUAUGGCGGCGGAGAAGGGAGCACAUUCUCAUCACCAGCGCCGUCGGUGCGUUCGUUGACGACGACAUUGACAACCGUACAAUCCGCAGCGCCUUCUGCGCACAUAUACGGCGUCACACAAAACAAUCAAACCGCCAACGGACCCACGAGUGCAGCAGCACAGAAUAAUUUGAAUCAACAAAAUCAAUACUCUUACCAAUUCCCGCCUUCUCCCGCGUCUGCUGUUCCACCACAUCUCGCGGGGCAUCCGACAACAUACAGCUCCGCAACAGCAAACAACAUAUUAACCGACAACGCUUCCAUACUCACACUCGCAUCAUCCUCGAAACGUCGACGCAGAAAUUCGCUCGACACCAAUGCCUCCGUGCGCGCAUUAGCACCUUCGUCGGUGUUUGGGGGUAGUCGCGAAAGUCUGCCCCUGAGCGUGCUGAGCGCUAAUGUUGGGGUCGAUGCAUCCAACGCAUCUAUAACCAAUGCGUCCGGUGUACUGAGUCGACAGAGUCUGGGCGGUCUGGCAAGCGCGGAACGGAUUAGCGUCUACUCUGCAUCGGGGACUGUGCCGCCGCUUGUCCAUGGUGGUGAUAGGAGUAGUCUGAUCGCUAGCAAGCAGGGUGAUAAUGGCAGUGUGCGCAGCGGUACGCACUCGCAUACCCGCAACGACAGCGCAGCUGGUAGUGUCGCGGGUACGAUAGGGAGUACCUUGAACAAUAGUACCUCCGCUGCGGCGAACGCGGGAAUCACAUCUGUCCCAUUACCAGGUCGGAUAAGUCGUCGAAGCUCGGGAUGGGGCGAGAUUUCCGGCGAGGGUGAAGGGGAAGGCGAAGAGGGUACCCAUCAAGGCGGAGAAACCGAAGAAUCGAAGCAAGAGAAUAGUCAUGCGAACGGUGACCCGGGACCUUCAGUUGACGAAGACAAGCAAUAA